UUUUGUUUCAGAUCGCUGCUGCUAGCAGCCAUCGUAUUAAGUAAUUACUUAGUUUGGACCGCAACAAGGCAUCAUCACACACACAAUCUAUCCCGUCACCGCAGCAGGCACAGGCGGCAGGGAGCGGGUCUGUACCUGCCAGCGUCCUACGUGCUGCCCGGGGGCGAGGGCUCCGGCGCUUGGGGGGAGUGGGGCGAGGUCAGCCCAUGCUCGCGCACCUGCGGCGGCGGCGUCGCCAGCCAGAAGAGAAUAUGUUUAGAAGUUAGUCCCGAAGGUCAGCCGCUAUGCACGGGCGGCGACACUAAGUACUUCUCAUGCCAAACGCAGGACUGUCCAGAGACUGUCGACUUCCGUGCGGAGCAGUGCGCAGAGUAUGAUGACAUCGCUUUCAGGGGAAUCAAAUAUAAAUGGCUACCAUAUACGAACGCCCCAAACCCAUGCGAACUGAACUGUAUGCCGCGCGGCGAACGCUUCUACUUCCGACAGAAGACCAAAGUGGUGGAUGGCACCAGAUGCAACGACGAGUCCUUCGACGUCUGCGUCAAUGGCACCUGUCAGCCGGUAGGUUGCGACAUGAUGCUGGGGUCCAAUGCGCACGAAGAUAAGUGCCGCGAGUGCCGCGGGAACGGCACCAACUGCCGCACCAUCUCCGGGCUCAUCGACAGCUCUGACCUCAGGAAAGGCUAUAACGACGUCUUGCUAAUACCUCAAGGCUCAACGAGCAUUUAUAUUUCGGAAGUGCGAGCAUCAAACAAUUACUUAGCUUUAAGAUCGAAGCAAGACAACGUAUAUUAUCUAAACGGGGAGUACCACAUCGACUUCCCUCGCAGUCUGACGAUAGCCGGCGCCACCUGGCACUACGAGCGCAGCCAGCAGGGUUUCGCCGCGCCCGACAAGCUGCGCUGCCUCGGACCAACAACAGAACCCUUGUACCUCUCGCUGCUACUACAAGACGAGAACGUUGGUAUCGAGUACGAAUACAGUCUGCCCACCGCACUAGCGCCACCUCCGAACCAGCAAUACAACUGGGUCUACGGGGAAUUCACCCCCUGCAGCGCCACAUGCGGCGGAGGGACCCAGAGUCGACAAGUGACGUGUCGGUCGAGAGAGGAACUGGAGGUAGUAGAGGACAGUCUGUGUGAUACCGGCCUCAAACCUGUCACCGAUCAGACCUGCAACACGGACCCCUGCCCACCGCGCUGGGUGGACGAACCUUGGGGUCCAUGCUCCAAGCCUUGCGGGGAAGGUGGCACUAGGUCCAGACAAGUCUACUGUCAGAAGAUCAUCGUUAAUGGGCUGCAGUCAAUAGUAGCGGACAAGGAGUGCUUCGACCUGCUGGGCCCCAAACCCGAGCUAUACCAGGAGUGUAACAGGAACGCCACUUGCCCCACCUGGUUCGCUGGACCUUGGAAACCGUGCGACAAACUCUGCGACGAAGGCAAGCAGACGCGGCAAGUGGUUUGCCAUCAGAAGAUCAACGGAAAGGUGGAAGUGUUUGAGGACGCAAUGUGCGAGGAGGAGAAACCGGCCACAGAGCAGAGCUGUAUGCUGCGCCCCUGCGAGGGUGUCGACUGGGUUCUCUCUGAUUGGUCUGGGUGUGACACGUGUACAUCAUCAGUGCGCACGCGGGUAGCUCACUGCGCCACCAGCAUGCAUAAAGUGGUGAACUCUAGCUUCUGUUCGUACCACCCAGCGCCGGUGCUGGAGGAGCCCUGCGACCGCACUAAGCUGCCUUCCUGCCAGCUACUGUGGUACGCCACUCAGUGGAGCAAGUGUUCAGUUGAGUGCGGAAAAGGUAUCCAAAGCCGGCGAGUGUUCUGCGGUCUAUUUGACGGCGCGUCGGUGAUCAAGGUGGAUGACGACCGCUGCGACAGUAAACUACGCUACAACGAUACAAAGCCCUGCGAGGUACCGUCGGAGAAAUGCGAUGCCAAGUGGUACGCUGGACCAUGGUCUAAUUGUACAAAAGAUUGCGGUGGCGGUCAACAGUACCGCCGCGUGAUGUGCUUGAGCGGUGGUGUCGAAGUGAAGACAUGUCCUGAGGAUACCAUACUGGAAGCGAUGCAAGCUUGCAACACUGAACCUUGCACCAAUGACAUCAAAACGUCACCGGCUAAAGCUGCGACUGCGGCUGACGAUUACUACGACUACGAGGAAUGUAUCGAAGAAGACUACCCUGAGGCCGGUGCUGAGGCGAUCGGACCUAGUGGCGUCACGGUGUGUAAAUUUAUAUAG